UACUCUGUCGCUUUUUAGAUUUAACCGAAAAGCCUAUGCGGGUUCCACUGUGACAACUUACCCCAUACUGGGUUUAUUGUGAUAAAACGUGAAGCUUUGAAGCUGUUUUUAACAACCAGACAUGGUCACCCCUAUAUACCCUGUUAGAAUCAAGGAUUAUCCAACUCUAAAGGGACAUGGACAUACCUCAGCGCUCUUCAUCGCCUCAUAUAACAAUAAAGCAUUGCCCUGGAAUGAUGAAGAGAAAUGAUACAAUAUUGACCAGAGAGGCCCCCAAUCAUUCUGCAUCACGGAGGUUGUGCGUAAUACCCUGCCUUGGUGUAGCCCCAUCCACAGACACUGGGGGGGCUGAAUCAGAGGAAGGGGUGUGCCGUUAUAAGAGGGGAGAGAAAGGGAGCAGGCAAGCAGUUGAACAAACCAAGAAGCUGAAGACUGGACAUAACUGCCACACCUCAAGACCGAAAGUGAGAGAGAGACUGAGAGCAACCCUUUAUCACAGACGGCAGAUAUCCUAUUGGCUACUCUGACUAAGUUCCUGCUUCAUUUGUUUGUUCCGGUGUGUGUUCCGUGAAGAAGUCAUGAAGACCCCAUUUUGGACCCUGCUGCUCUUAUGCUUGUGCUCCUCGGGUCACAGCGACUGCCAAGGGGACUGUUUAACCUGUGGACUCAUCCUACCUGAACACCAAGCAUUUAACACAUUGGUAUGUAUCCUGGAAUGUGAAGCACAGGCAUCUCCUGCAUUGACCUGGGAUUUGUGUUACCAGGCAGCAGGUCUGAACCAGCUUCCACUACCAUUACAGGAGGAGAAAACAUCAAAGCGCUCUGAGGAUGAAGCGGAGCCUCUGGCCACAGUGAGCAUAGAAAAUGACAAUGGUGUUGCGUAUACUGAAGCUUUGGAGAGGUUUAGACAUGCCGUGCAAGCACUCCACAGCCAGCAGCCUUUAGAGGAGGAGAAACUGGAAAUUUCAUAUGACCCUGACCUUGACCCGAGGACAGAGGAGGACCAGGAUGGUAUAGGAGAAGAGAAGAGCGAUGAAGCAGCCGUAAGCAUAUCCAAGCGAUUUGGAGGCUUUAUGAAAGGUCGUCAUGGUUUCCGGAAGUUGGUGAGCUCCGGAAGGCCUUUGCAGAAACGCUACGGUGGCUUCAUAGGGAUAAGGAAAUCUGCCCGCAAGUGGAACAACCAGAAGCGCGUGAGUCAGCUACUGAGGCAGUACCUGAGCUUGACAGGUCGCUCGGGGCGUUCAGGCAACCUCUCCACCAGAAUCCGAAGACAGAAUGAAGUUUAGCUGGCCUUAGAGCGCAGGCCCUGGUCUUUUCACUUACCUCAGCUCAACUGCUCAUCAGCCAUCAGUAACUGUGAACAUCUAUCAUGCACCACAGCCCAGAACUAGCUAAAUCUGUGUUUAAUCAAAGAAGAGGAAUAUUUUGUAAAGCGUUGGUUUCUAUCAUUGACAUUUCCAUUGACAGUGCUGUUCCUGACAUCAGAAACAUCUCGAUCAAGUCAUUAGGACAAAUGUUGCUGAUGAGAACUGAUUGUUCAUUACAGAAUCAAAACUCCUAGAAUUAACCUUGAAGCAUUGUGAAAAAAAAUAAAAGGCAAAGCAGUGAAACUUGAAUUGAGCACGUGAAUCAGUUACAAAUGAGAGCAGUGGCUUGUAGUGGAGGAUGGGGUUUUCUUGUUCUGUUUGAGAGAAAGCACUUUAUAUUUUAACCUUGCACACUGUGUUGUGCUAAAAUUGGUUGUUUUGCACACGUCCUUGAUGUACAGAACUGUCUUAAAAAUUUAGUGGAGCAAUCAAACGAGUUAUCAAAAUCAAUAGGUGAUUAUAUGUAGCACAAUAUUGAAAGAUGGGCUGUCUGACGUUUUUUGGAUCGCUGCUUCCCCCUAGAGUGUACACUCGAAAUUAUGCUUCGAAUUUUUGUGCAAUGCGACGAAAAAAAAAAAAAAAUCCUGACAAUAUCGCUAAAAAUAUACGACAACUUUAGGCUUUGUAAUCAAAACCUCACCUAAAUGAGCGUGAGUUUGGUAGCGGGAUUACCCAGUUUGUCCUAACAAUAAAAGAUCGGUCUGAAUUUGAAAACAAUUCAUAGUCAUUAUAUUUACAAAUCAGUUUGGUGCAAAAAUGGCGCCUUUAAUUGUGUGGUUCAUCCUGGUGGUAAUGGCCUUUCGGUUUAUCAUGUGUUCUAGCUUUCUGCAUUUGUUUAUGCAUGAACAUACACGACUGAAGUCAUCUUUAGUGCUUGACAGACUCUCCCUCACAUCAUGAGUUUUGAAAACUGACACCCCACAUGUAAAGAAAGAACUAGCAGACAGGCUGUCAGUGUACUUUACAGUAUUCUUCACAUAAAUGUACGGUGUUGUGUGUGUUUGUGAAUAUUUUUCAUUUCAAACACAUUCUGCGAGUAUUUUCGUAAAGUGAGUUUUUUUCUUUAAAUCCUCUCCA